AUGUCAUUUAUUGUUGAUGAAAUAAAAUUAAUAAUAAAACAGAUUUUACAUGAGAAAAUAGGUGAAAAAGUUUUUCUAUAUGAUCAUUUACAUCAAUGGAAUAUUGAUAUUUUAACUGAAAUAUUAUAUCAAUUAAAACAAAUUCAAAAUAAACAUACUAAUAAUCAACAAAUGAAAUAUGUUGUUACGGUUUUAAUAGGAGAAAAAACAAAUGAAAGAAAUUUUGGUUUACAUACAUCUCUGUCAUGUCUAUGGGAUGGAAGAACGGAUGCUUGUGUUACUGUUAAAUGGGAAAAUAAAAAUAUUUUUUCAAUUAUAAGUGUUUUCGGUUUGACUAUUUAA